UUGGACUCAAUAGGCUACCGUGUAGGAUACAGCCUAGCUGAAAGGCUAUCGAAAGAGACACUACGAUUUAAAGAUGAUAUCGACUCUGUAAAAUUCAUAUGCCGGGAACUGUGGAAUUUUAUAUAUAAGAAGCAAGUCGAUAAUUUACGCACUAAUCAUUCUGGAGUUUAUGUACUAGUAGACAAUCAUUUCCGUUUCAUUUCUUCAAUGGCUGAAGGACAGCAGUACAUAAAGCUAGCUCCAGUGUACUUAUACUAUUCAUGUGGACUAAUAAGAGGAGCUUUAGAGUGCUUCGGUCUGAAGUGUAUGGUUACGGCUGAUAUUACUUCUGUCCCAGUAUGUAAGUACAACGAAAAGUAG